AAGAUACAUCUUCAGAUGAUCCAGCAGGUCGAGGAGAAGCAUGACGGCACCAUCGCAGUUUUGCAGCAAUGGCUUGACCACGUCGGGGAGACUGGUCGAGCUUCAUGAAACGGCGGUAAGCGUCCCGGCUGAAGCUACGAGCGGAAAUGCGUUCGUCAAUGCACAAGCGCCAACUGGUAGCAAGUGUGAUCCUGCCAAGGCAGAUCAGUAAUGGACGAAAACGGCUCAUCACGGCAAGAGGGACAGCAGGAAACCACAGUCCGGCAAGGUCAAUCCGCGGCCCGGUUAGGAGCGCCAGAGACACGAAAACGGCAUCGGGGCUAAAGACAGAUUGGCUGCCAGCAGCUGCUCGAAAAGAUCACAGGACCGCGAUACGGCAACAUUGCAUUCAUCGCCAAGAAAUUGGGUCGCUCUGAAACUAUCGACAUACCCAUUGGUUAUUUCGCAGCGGAUGGUUUCGUCCACAACCCGCUUCAAGCUGGGACUUGGAGCCUACGACGGCCCGCGAGCAGUCAAACUCG